AACAACUUGCUCACUCAUCCGGCCUCGGCCAGAACAUACUCGAUCAACGGAGAUCGUGUUGGUGCUUUGCUUCAAUCCGGCGCACCAGACAAACGUGUUUCGCUCCCGGUUAGAAGACCCGCGGUGUCAACCGCCCUCCCCGCACCUACGCGAGACCCGGCCCACGGUUCGGACCCCGGAGAAACCUCCGACACAGAGCAGGAUAUCCUCAUACGUCACCGGCAGAUGCCGAGCGAGGCACUGCCUCUUCGUCGUUCAAGAUGCCCAUCAUCAACGGCCAGAAGAUGGCCUGCGCGCCAUGUAUUCGCGGCCACCGCUCUACGAAAUGCAAUCAUUUCUACGACCGAGUCAUGAUCCCCGUCCGAAAACCGGGCCGGCCCCUUAGUACCUGUCCAUGCCCUCCUGGGCGGCCCUGCGCCUGCGGAGGGUUACGAGUCGCGAUCCCCAAGAAGCAGAAGUGCGGGUGCCCUACCGAAGCCGAAAAGGAGGCCGAGAAUCGUCAGAAGGAACACUCUCAAGUCGAGGCUCCGAUGUCCCCAUCACGACCUUCUUUCCGCGUGGGAAAGCCCGGCGGCGGCAAAGCCAACAGCCGGAAGCAGUCCUUUGAUCUCGCGAAUUUGGAGAGAAUGGACCCCGCAUCAAUCAAUCUGAUUUCCGCUGCAAGCCGCAGUGGCAUCACUAACGGAACCCCGAACGGGGUAGCAACGACAGGCAGCCCCGGUCUUCAGGGUUCGCAGGCCGACCCAGUUCCGGUUGGGUCGAGGAUGGGAAUGAUGCCCGCCGGUUCGGGCAGCACAUUUGCAACCCCGCAAAACCACAGCUUCGUGUCUCCAGUUCCCUACGGCGGCAUGGGCAUUCAAUACCCGCAACCCGAUCAGCUUCAGCACGGCGCCAAACCGGAGGACGGCCUGUACUCGAGUCCGAAUGGAACUUUUAUGACGGCGAUCCCACCAUCACCCUUCCCAAACGGCAACCAUCCAUCCCCGCCUCUUGGCAAUCCAGGACAGCCGGUGAUGGCGACCCCAAAGAACAAUGAUGUCACGUCUGCCGCUGGUAGCUGUUGUGGUAGCAAGGCACAGAAACCGGACCCGGCCGCGAACAGUGGCCUGGCGUCCCAGCAGGGAUAUGGGCAGCAGCCCUACGUGCCACAGCAUCAGGCAUCAUCUGGGGUCAGCAGUUGUUGUGCGAGCAAGACACAGGGACAUGCUCCGACCGCCAACGGUACUCCAGCUACGCUUCCCGUCUAUGACCAAUCGUAUAUGCCGCAGUUCCAGUACCCUACUGUCUUUAGGUAUCCUGGCGACUACGGUUCUUGGCAGCACCCGAUCGACCCGAUCAUCUGGCAACAGGUCAUGUCGCAGACCAACCUAGCGAUGAGCACGCCGAUGGCGUCGGCCCCGGACGGGACCACGAACGGAACCGCGGGCGGGACGGGAAACGGGGACUCGACUGAUGACUGGACAAGCCACCAGUGCGGCUGCGGCGAGGGUUGCCAGUGCGUCGGCUGCCUAGCGCACCCAUUCAAUGCUCAGAUGUUCCAAUACGUCAACAACGCGUACAGCGGUAGCAACGGGAGCAGCCCGCGCGAGCCGACAACAGGAGGGCAGGGACAAGCCACGGCGGCCAAUGGGCAAGACUCGCCAGCAGAAGCGGCCACACCGGCAGUGAGCGAGGGUUCGCCCUCCCGAGAAGAGCAAUCGCUGUCGACGAUGGACUACUUCUUUGUCAACCUGCCGAUUUCGGGGCUCUGCGGUGGGCAACUCGAGUCUUGUCCGUGCGGAGACAGCUGUGACUGCCCUGGGUGCUUAGUUCAUAAGAUCUCACUGAAUUAAGGAGGCAUAGAUGUUGGCGAUGGGGAUAGAAGGUUUCUGCGAGCUUGCGAAUGGCGCGGGCAAGGCUGAUGACAGCUUAUGCAUUCAACAACAGUCUUUCCAUUCUCUCUCUCUCUCUCUCUCUCUCUCUCUCUCUCUCUCUCUCUCUCUCUCUCGUUCUCUAAGUAGGGCGGUAGCGGCAUGACAUUGUAUUUGUUAGGAUACCCCAUGUUGCGCGGUGGCGUUGUGCUGACAAAAUACCUACGGAGUAUGUUCUUUGCCAUCAGAUAGCUCUCACGGGUUUGUCGUGAGCACCGUGACGCAUUCAAUGGAAUGUAAGUCGUGGUUGGAACGUUGGAAGAAUUCUAUUCAUAUACUACCUAGGAUCACGGUUAGUAUAUGUUAGUGCUUGCAUCCCCAGAGCCCAGACCACUGUGCGGCUAAAACAAGGGUCGGAAGACUGAGGGAUCCACGCCUAUUG